AUGGACAACAAGAUGGAGAAGCUCCGAAAGCGCUACCCAGCUCAUGUUCCUGUGAUUUGCGUGAGCAGCUGCGACCAGAGUCGGCAAGAGAAGCUCAUCGUGCCGAACCACACAACAGGUGCUGGGUUCAUUGCCAUCGCCCUUGACAAGUGUGCGUGGGCCACAAAGUCCAGCAAAGUCUUGCUAUGCAAAGGCAGCCUCAACGGUGAGGCCCUGGAAGUGCCAACGCAAAAGGCGAUGAAGGAGCUGGAUUCCCAGUACAAGGCUUUGGAUGGAGCAAUGUACUUCAAGGUCGAAGCGGCCGAAGCGGCCGAAGCUGCCAAGGAGGCUUCCCAGGAGGUCCCCCACAAGGACGCAGGAGGGCCCCAGCAGUUCAGGAUGAACGAGGCGGUCCCGCCGGAGCAGAAAUCCAAGGCGUCCAUUCCUGCAGCUCGGAAGGAUGACCCGGCAGAGAAAGCAAGGCGGAUUCGCAAGAAGCAUCCUGACCGUGUUCCAGUCCUCAUCAAUCAGGCAGAGGCACCAGGCUUGCCUGCGCUUGACAAGAAGCUCCUCAUUCCGAUGAACAUGACCUGCGGAGACUUACGCAAGAAUCUUCCCAAGCACAUCGGCUGGGACGUGGACUGGAGCAAGGUGACGUUUCAGUUGGCCGGUGACGAUGUCGAGGAGCACGAGCUGGUCUCAGAAGUCUAUGCUCGCCGUGUGGAGCCCGACGACGAAGGAAUCAUGCUGUCUUUGGAGUUGCCGACGUUGCAGAGCUCUCAGGUUCCGCAGCUGGCCGGUGAAACGCGGGGGCUCAAAGAAACAGCUGCAGAGGUUGCUUAUGAUGCUUCCGUUGCCUCAUCCAACUUCUCACCUCCUUCCGCGGAGGAGCUGCGAGUCCUCGAGCAUCAACUGCUUGAAGUCAACGCAGCCUUCGACGAGGCCAGAAAGGCAAAGGAGCUUGCCACAGCAAAGCUGGCUGAAGAGGAGGAGCGAGCGUGGGCAGCUGAAGAGAAGGCGUUGAAAGCGGAUCAGGAGCUUGCUGUGCAAUGUCAGAUGUACAGAAGCCAGGAAGAGGCUCUUCAAAGGCAGAUCAAAGAGGCCAAGUUCUCUCAGGGUGCCUUGGAGACGAAGCUCGUCAGUGGCAUGGAGGAGAUUCGGGCACUGCGCCAGAAGGUUGACGGGCUCGAAGUGACCCUCCAGACCUCAAAAACACAAGCUGAGAAGGACUCGUGUAAGAUUGCAGAGCUGCAGCAGUUCCUCAAGGAAGCACUCGCAAGCUUGGCAGUUGAAGCCAAGAAGAAGGAUGCUGCGCAGGAGAGGUUGUCUGAGUUGGAGGAGAAGCUCCGGGAAGCGACUGCCAACGAAGCAGAAGCCAAGAAGAUGUCGCAGAUGAACUCCGGUGAACGGGACGAAGCAGAAGAAAGAGUCUCCGUUCUCGAAAACUCGCUUAAACACAUGGCAGGCAAGCAGAAGCCUGAUGAAGCAGCAAAGAGGCUGAAGGACACCAUCAUCAUCUUGAAAGACGCUCUGUGCUCCAAAGAGGAAGAGCUCGCUUCAAAGGGCAUCCAUAUCGCAGAAACCACGGCAUGUUUGAAGACUGUGGAGACAGAGAACCGACGCCUGCAAGCAGAGCUGGAGGCGGCAGCAAAAGAAAGGAACCAGCUGAAGCAGGACCAUGCUCGUGCCGUGGAAGAGAUCGAGAGCCUCAAAGCUAAGACAUGCAAGCAGGAUGCGGAGGAAGACUUCACCUUUCUUGGCUGGAACAGCGAGGGAGAGGUUCAAGAGGUGACAGAGGACUUUGGCUUCGAAAGGGUGGACAAGGUGGACAAGGCGGACGGUGCUUAG